AUGCCUCCAAAGUUCGACCCUAGUGAGAUAAAAAUUGUGUAUUUGCGAUGCGUCGGUGGCGAAGUCGGUGCUACGUCAGCGCUCGCCCCCAAAGUCGGACCACUAGGUCUUUCACCGAAGAAAGUCGGUGACGACAUUGCAAAGGCCACCCAGGAUUGGAAAGGAUUGAAGGUCACGUGCAAACUCACCAUCCAGAACCGUGUAGCGAAGAUAGACGUUGUUCCGUCGGCUGCAUCGCUGCUGGUAAAGGAGCUCAAGGAACCGCCGCGUGAUCGCAAGAAGGUUAAGAACGUGAAGCACAAUGGUGACCUGACUCUUGACUCGAUCAUCAAGAUUGCCCGGAUCAUGAGGCCGCGAUCUAUGGCAAGGAAGUUAGAGGGUACAGUGAAGGAAAUUCUUGGGACAGCACAGUCUGUUGGUUGCACGAUCGAUGGGCAGCAUCCACACGAUAUUAUAGAGCAAAUUACAAGCGGUGAAAUAGAAAUUCCUGCCGAGUAA